CCAUAUAGAAGUUGUGAACACUUUAAAUACCGACUCGUGCAUUAUGGGACUUCGCAUCUUCAUAGCACGUCGAGGUACACCCAAGACCAUCUACAGCGACCGUGGAACCUGCUUCAUCGGAGCAAGCCGCGAAUUACGAGAAGCAGCGAUGACAAUCAACCAGAUCGAGGUGAUGAAAGAGUUCAGCGGUGCCGAGAUAACCUGGAAGUUUAACCCGCCAUCAUCACCCCAUAUGGGUGGUAGUUGGGAACGUCUCGUCGGUGUAGUCAAACGGAACCUUAUGACAAUUAGCCCUCCACACAGGCCAAACGAUGAGAUGCUUCGAAGUCUUCUGGCCGAAAUCGAAAACACCGUUAACACUCGGCCGCUGACACACGUCCCAGUCGACGACGAAUCCGCACCUGCUCUUACCCCUAAUCACUUCCUCCUGGGGUCGUCCGACGGCUCUAAACCACUUUGCGCUCUUGACGAUAGCGGAACAACUCUGCGGAGAUCCUGGCGAAUGUCUCAACAGUUGGCCAACCUAUUCUGGAAACGUUGGCUUACCGACUAUCUACCGGAGAUCACACGCAGAACAAGAUGGUAUGCGAAUACCAAGCCAAUAGCGAUCGGCGACGUAGUCAUCAUCGUUGACCCGAAGCUGCCGAGAAACUGUUGGCCAAAAGGCAAGGUCAUCGGAACUAGUGUCAGCCAAACGGACCACCAGAUCAGGGCGGCGACGGUGAAAACUGCAAACGGAAUACUCGAGCGCCCUGUAGCCAAGCUGGCCGUAUUGGAUGUACGGCGCGACGAUCUGUAAGCCGACCGGAGUUUCGGCGUACCCGGGGGGAGUGUUACGUACGCCCAUGGCGUAGUUGCGCACCUCACGAUCCAACCCUGCUGACUAAUCCAUACCAACACGAAUAGGUACAGUAUAACCCUUCCAUCGAGAGAGUUGGCCGAACGUCAUGCUUGGCAAAAAGACAAACACUGUGAGUCGAUAAUACUGUAUACCGUGCACAGCAGGCAAACCCCCUUGUUAUUUAAAUAUCUACGAUUAUAGUUAAAAGUUAUAGUGUGUAUUAUACUAGGUAACAGUUUAAAUCUAAAAAGUGAUGUUUGAAAUUAUUGAACUAUUGAUCUUUCCUAUAUUAGUGUUGGCUUACAUCUAUUGAAUUAGUCUAACCUAAACGCUACGCUAUACUAUACAUACCUACAUGCAAAGUACGGAUAUUUGUAGAAAGUACGGAAGUGUACUUUAGCACCGAGAUUAGUGAUUAUCGAACCAUAUCGGCUCAAUAGGUUUCUGCUCAUAAACCCUGCACAACGGGACUAAAC